CCUCAGGACCCGAGGACCUCAUGGCCAAGAAGAAAUCACAGCAGACAAGGUGUUAGUUCACCCUGGCCAUCGUGUUCAACCUGUGUAAAAGAGGUGGAACGACGUCCUGAUCGCGCGCUUGCCCCGCUGCACGUUAGGGUUGUUAUAAACUUAUAGUAGGGAGGACGAGGCAAGUAAAAAAAAGGUGCAAUCAUGUUGAAACUGCCGCCAAUAUCCCCACGGUCAACUGGGGAGGAGGUCCUCCCCCAGUCCAGAAAAUGGAGCAUGAGCAGCAAUCAAGACCUUAGGAGCAAAAAGCAAACAGGACCAGGAAAGGGGCCAGGGUCGACCGGGGAUGACCUCCUCCAUCAGUCCAGAAGGUGGAGCCUGAGGAGCAAUCAAGAUCGCAGAAGCGUGAUUGAAACAGGACCAGGAACAGGACCAGGAACAGGACCAGGAACAGGUGGUUCAGGAUCCAGACCCGGAUCAGGACCAGGGUUGACUGGGGACGAGCUCCUCCCCCAGUCGAGAAAGUGGAGCCUGCAGAGCAGUCUAAACAUCAGAGGUCUUAUCGACGCAGCAAGAGGAGCAGGAACAGGACCAGCGUCGACUGGGGAGGAGCCCCCUCCCCAGUCCAGAAAAUGGAGCCUGCGGAGUGAUCAAGACCUUAGGAGGAGAGUUAUUGGAACAGGAACAGGAACAGGAUCAGGACCAGGACCAGGACCAGGACCAGGGUCGAUUAGUGAGGAGAUUCUCUCCCAGUUCACGAAGAAGAGCCUACAGAGCAAUGAAGACCUCAGCACCGUUAAUGGAACAGAAACAGGACCAGCUACAGAACCAGGCACAGCACCAGGAGCAGGAACAGGACCAGGAGCAGGACCAGGAUCAGGAACAGGACCAGAACCAGGGACGAGGGAUGGCUUCGGAGAUGGCUGGGCAGACGAGCUCGGUCAGCAGGAAACAGACAGGCGAUCCAGCUUCGACGAGAAUGAUGGACAUGAAGAAAUCCCUCAAGCGGUCAAGCGACGAUCCCCUAGAGGAUUUUCAUAUUCGGAUUCGAACUCGGAUUAUUCCUGUCGAGAAGCUGAUUCGAGUCGAGAUGAGGAGAAGAGGGGGCAGAAACGGAAUUUGUGCAACGAUGGAGGGGGGGGGGCAAAAGCACCGCUGUUGUUCCUUGGGCGCCACGUGGCAACCAUGCACUGGCGUCAGCAGGCCUAUCGUGCGGCACACAUGGAUCCUGAGAUGACCAGGUACGGCCCCACGAAGCCGACCAGGUUCCGCUCAGCUGUGAUUUACUGCGAGGUGAAGCUGGCAGAAAUGCUGUACAGGGCGGCAAGGAUGAACGCAGCAGCGGCCACAUCGGACACAUCAGACCUGGGCUCCCCUGGGGAGGACCAUCCUCCACGUGGCCGAGCUCCUGAUGUCUAUCGAACGGCUGUGUGUUGUCAAUUACUUGGCGAGAUCUCGCAGAUUCCCAUGCCUUUCGCUCACGUUUUGGCGGCAAUUCGAGAUGAGCUGGCGCGGGCCAUUUACAGCAACUACUACACCUCUGAGGAUGGCUCUCUGUUGUUUGAUCAGAUCCCGUACUUCGUUGUUGUGGCGAAGGUGGAGGAAGACAAACGUGAGAUGGAGCAGGAGAGGGAGGCUUGGAGGAACACUCUGGUGGAACGACAGGCUGACGUGGAGCGCAUUGAGCAGAAAAUUCAUGGGCUCGAAGCCCGCGUCCAAUCCACGGAAACGCUAAAUGUGGAGUUGCUGACAAAGCUGUCGGCAAUGCACGAGGCCUACGAAGCGGCAAAAGCGGAAAUUAGGGUGUCGCGGGAAGAACUGCGGACGCUCAAGCGGGAGCUGAUUCGCGCGCGGGACGAGGUUCAACGGGCAAUUCAAAUCGAGCGGGAAUGUCUGGCGGAACGGGAAGAAUUCCAGAAGCUCAAGGUCACCCAUGCCCAGACAGUCAACGAGCUCAAACGGACCCAAUCAAUCUUGUAUUCGGAGCGAAGAGAGGCGGCAGACAGCGUUCCUAAAAAGGAAAUGGACACAGCGCAGAUGAUGAUCCUGGACUUGCAGACCAGAUUAGCCCAGGCCAAAUCGGGCCAGUCCCGACGAGGCCAGGCCAUGACCCCUAGACCUAACUGGCCCGCAAUCCGGGCUGGAGCGUCGCAGCUGCAGUUGUCCCAGUCCACCUUGGACCAGGCCACGGACAUAUGUAUGCUAAACGACCAGCUAGCCUUGCAGGUGGAACGAUUGACAGAGGAAGGCGAGAGCAUGAUGCUGCGCUUCUCGGAGGUUCAACAGGCCAUCAAGGAGAGGGAUGACCUGCUGCAACCGGACCCGGACACCUUACCGAGCUCUGUGCGGACACUGACCGAGAUCAUUGCAAAUAUCGGCAAAGACCCCCACAUCAGGACCUUCGGUAUGGGUGUGAAUUUGCCCCGGUACCUUCGCACCUCCAUUGGGUCUGUCCUGAUGAAGGUCAUGCCUGACGACGAGCUGCGGGUGUUCACCACCCAGUUCUGGUCAGCCAAGGCCCAAUAUGAUGCUGGCAAAGGGGCCAGACUGCCAAUCUCCCAGUUUCUUUACUUGUUCAUGCAUCGCAGGUUGGGAGGGGUGCAUGACCAGAUUGUAGCUUUCUGCUACAAUCUCCUGCUCACCCUGAACAGGAACCUCAACCUCCUCCCCGAUGCCGAGGUUCUAAAAUUAGCGCUGUAUGGAGACCUGAGCGAGGAGGUGUAUUGGGACAGAGUAAGGAUGCUCAACGGCCUCCACCACCUCUUCAGGACGAUAUCUGAUAGCUAUCAAGUCGCCCUCGAAGGUGAUCACAUAGCCCCCCAAGGCGAGCACAGUAGGCAGGGACUUGUGCAUCUGUCUGAUGCCCUUGAGGCUAUUGAUUUGUAUUUCCCCUGCAAGCAACAUGACCUUAAGGGGGUUCUGAAACUGGCUCUGCACGAGGGCGUGGACCUCGACAAACGAGUGGUCUCCAUCCGUGAUCGGUUUGCCCCGACAGAACUCUUACUACAAGAUAGCUUCUUGACACUCGUAGCAGAACAACAUUUGCAGGAGAUCAAGGAGUACAUGAGGCUUGUGCAGAAAGAACUGGUGGACAUCGUGGACACGAAAAGGGGUGAACAAUCCAGAGUUCUUCUCAAGCACAUUUACAUGGCAAUUGAAGGAGUUGAUCCUUCACAGCCGAAGGCUGAGAUCGAUUCAUUUGUUGCCUAUGGAGCUAGCCUGGGAUCCAUUUCUGACGUCGCAAUUGCUUGCGAUGCUGGGGAAGAUGUGGACCUACGGGAUUUCAUGGUGCGGCUCUUCCGUCACGGGCUUGUUAAGAAAGCAAGGAACUUCGACCUCAGCCCAAUUGCAAAAUACCAACAGCACGGCGAGUUCUCUCGCAUAGCCAAAGGUCCUAGCAGUGAAGGGGGCUUGCCGGACCCGGCCUGAAAUGACAAGCCAUCGAUAUGAGGGGGGCUGCAGUGCGGUGGGCAUACGUCAAGUCCGCUCUGUGGUUGAGAAGAGCACAAAAUUAUGGCGAAAAGGUUGUUAUCCGUCACAUUUGCUAACACGUCUCAUCUGCAUUCCUCUAAAACAUCGAGUAGCUGGGUCUUGGCUUUGCCUUGUCUGCCUCUCAGCAUAAGGAAGACAUUUGGUGCAGCGCAACGUUCCCAUAGCUUGUUUGACUUGCUGCUGAGGCACAUGAUGAUGAAAUGAAGUAGGAUCCAAAGA